AUUGUUUGAAUAAAAUAAAAAUACAUAAAUACCUGUUUUAUCAAAAAACUUUCUGUUCCUGUUGGAUAUUAUUUAAAAUUAAGUAUUCUCUUAUUCAUAAAUCGUUUACUCGUAUAUUUUGAAUUGUUUAGUACAUAUUUUAGUUGCAAAAAAAGUAAAUGUAAAAGCAUUUAUAAUAAAAGAAAGAAUUGCGAUUGAGUUUUUUGUAAGUGGUUUUAACAAAUCAGAAUUGUCUUAGUGCUAAUUUUCUUUUGUAUUACUAAAUGUACAUUGUGAUGUUAUGCUAAAAAGCCUCCAAAAUCACAUAUUAAAUAUUUUGUAUGCGGCUCCCAGACUUCUAGACAAAAAUUAUGCUUAUGUAUGUUUUCGUUUUAAAGUGAACUUUGAAGUAUGCUUGUACUUAUAAAUCUUGUACUCUAUACAAGUACUUUAAGAGCUUUCGCAAAUGUUUAUAGUCAACUGAGGUUUACAUUUAAUGAUUCGGUGGUAAAAAAGCACAUACUACUAGGGUAUUUUUCAAGAAUGGCAUCACCUCCAGAAAGUCCUAUUGAGGACAUAGUCUAUGAAUUGGAACCAACGCGUAUGCCUAAGGUAAUUCCUGUUGCUUUGGAUGAUUUGUGCCGUGAAACUAAAUUUUCAAAACAAGAAAUUCGUGUUAUGUACCGAGGAUUUAAAACUUUUGUCUCUUUUCAUGUACAUUGUGAAUAAGAUAAGUAGAAGCUGACCAAAGAUGACGACAUAAACAGAUUCGAGCCAAUAGCCGAUCAUGCCGGUAUUGCAGUGCCACAAAAUUUAAACUAAAACAGUGAUGCCAAGCUGUAUUUUUCAUAUAGUCGUGCGUAAGUUUACAAAGCUAAACUUUAAGGAUGAAAGUAGCAUUUUAUUGUUGCUAGGCGUGAGAAUGUACGAAAGUACAAGUUCAAAUAGAAUCGAAUUAACGGAGAGAGUACAAUUCAACACUUGAACGAAACAAACCUAUUACAAAUAUCAAAUACAGUCCACAAUUGAGCUACAAAA